AUGGGUUCUUACGUAGAGGAUAAUAGAACCUACAAAGCAAGAGAACUCUAUGUACUUUCAGACAAAAUCGAAGAACUUCAUAAAACCAAUGAAGAACUUAAGCAAGCUAAAGAUGAAGCCAUGCAAUCUUGGUUAGAUUCAAGGCCGAUAAUUGAUGAGCUCGAGAGGCUACAAUCUGAGCUAGCAAAUGCCAAAGAAGAGUCGGAGAACAACACACUUGUUGCAAAGCUUGAAUCCGAGUUGAUGGCGAUUAAUAUGAAAAUUAGAGCAAAAAAAGAGGAAGAAUUGAGAUCGAGAACCGAGAUUAACGAAAUGACUAAAGUUUCCGAGAGUGUAAGGGGGGAAAUGGAAAAAAUUAAACUUGAAAUAAACGAAGGCACACGAGAAAGAUCGAAGAUGAAAAUGGUUAUUAAGAUGAAACGACAAACCCUUCGAACGCUUGGACUCACUUUGAGGGCGGUUCGUUUAGAAGUCGAGGCACACAGUGCUUCUUCUAUAGCAGCACUGGAACAGAUCGAUCGUGGCAAAGUAUCUGACAAUACUGUCACGACUGAUAUGACACAAGAAGAGUAUUUUGCUUUGGUGAGGCAAGCAAAAGAAGAGACGUCUUUGGCGGAUUGGCGGGUGGUUGUGGCCACAGAACAAAGACUUGCAGCUGAAAAAAGCCGUGAUUUGGCUUUAAAAAGAUUGAACGACCCAACUCUUAGAGUCGGAUCAAUCAAAAAGGAAAAGGAAACAGAGAUGUCUGGGAAAGGAGCUCUAAGCUCUAGAGCUCAGACUCCUUUCCCAAGAGGUCAGACCAAACUAAUAACCCACAGAGAGAUGAGAAGGGAUCCGAGUCAGAGGCAAGUUAUCAAGAAACGGUCAGUCUUUGUCAAAAUAAAAUCUUUUCUUGCUCGAAAGAUUAAGUACCUAUUUGGAUGA